AUGACUCGCGAUGCGGUCGCGCAGGAUGCUUCUUUCGCCAUGGCUACGGUCUCAGAACGUCCUGUCGCGCGCACAACCCCACCAUCACCAAGCCCAAAGGUAGCCGCGGCGCCUGCGGUAGCGCCUGCAUGGAAUACAAAGGACCUGGGCCUGCGACUCGGCGUCGAUGUAGUCAGUGCUGCUUCUGCUGGCGCGCUGACAUGUCCGCUGAUCACGAUUAUUGAUCGUGCCAUUAUCGAGAAAGCAUCCAAAGGCUUCCCCAUCCGCCAAACCAUCAGCAGCUGCCUCAAGUCUAUGAUCGCCAAACCGAGCGGCUUCUUCUUCAGCACACCCUUCCUCCUCAUCUACGCCCUGUACAGCUCGACCUACCUUACCGCCAAUGCCAUCGACACCGUCACCUCCACCCUCCGCAACCAGUCCUAUUCCACCGUGACCGCGGGGCCAGCUAAGUUUAUCUCCACGACAGCGGUGAACAUGGCCAUCUGCGUGUACAAGGAUGCGCGCUUCGCCAAGAUCUUCGGCGCAUCGCCUCCCCCAGCACAGUCACAAUCUACAUUCCGAAGCCCGCGAACAGCCUUCCGCCCUCCAAUGCCGUCGCAGCCCGUCGCCGCGCCCACUAUCCCCAAAGCCUCGUAUUCACUCUUCUGUCUCCGUGAUAGCGUGACGAUCUUCGCGUCCUUCAAUGUGCCCACGAUGAUCGCGCCUUCAAUACCGGACUUUAUCGCGUCGACUCCGAGCAUGAAGGCUGCCACAGCCCAAUUCGCUUGCCCGGCCCUUAUGCAGUUCGCCAGCACGCCGAUGCAUCUCCUCGGCUUGGAUCUGUAUAACAGACAGCCACCAGGUGGUCUACGGUGGACCGAGCGCGUAGCUCGGAUUCGCAGAGACUAUUUUUCCAGCAGUUUUGCGCGCAUGGGCAAGAUCGUGCCGGCCUAUGGUGUCGGCGGUGUCGUCAAUGUUCGGGUGAGAGCUGCUUUGAUGGAUCGGCUUGAGAAGAAGCCCGAGUAA